CGACUGAAUCUUCAAAUAAUUUUUAUCACAAUUACAACGUUAUUAAUUUUAAUAAUCAUCAAGUUAAUUUAUUUGAUUGAAAAAGAAAACAUGAUUUUAAUAACAACAACAAAUUUAUUAAACGAUUCUUUACAAAGAAUUAUUACAAAAUAUUCAAUAAUUUUAUUAUUGUUGUUAAAUAUUUUAAUUAACAAUAACUCAUCAGGAUUUGGGGUUUUAGGAGAUACUGGCAACGAAGAAAAUGAUAACAAUAAUAUGAAAGGUGUUCAACUUAAGUAUCAAAUACCAAUAGGAUUAGGAAUAGGAUGUGCCGCUGUUAUUAUUAUUAUAGUGAUAAUAACUGUCUGCUAUUGCAAAAGAGAUAGAAGGCCAAGAAAUAAUGGACAAGUUUGAAUGCUUAAAAUUAAUACAACAAUAUUUAUUGUAUAUAUUGAAUAUUUAGAAGUAGGGUGUAAAAUUUAUAUAAAUGUUUUUUCUUCUUAAUAAUUAUUUUUAUUUUACUGUAUUUGUAAUAUUUUAUAUUAUAAUAAUUAAGUUUAUAUAUUUAGUAGUUAGCACAUAUCGUAAGUUACAAUCUACGUUCGUUGCAAUUUUACGAUUUAAUAGUUUUAAAGAUCGAUAUAAAAAAAAACAUUCUUAAUUAGGCUUUCAAUACUUUAAUACGAUAGGUUAAUAUGCAUUUAUUAAUUUUUUUGUAACGAUCACGUGUAACUAAAUAAUAAAUAAAA